CGCCAAUGUCAAUGUCGAAUAACGGCAUAAAUAGCGCUACGAAUGGGCGCACCAACAGUGCCAACAAUACAACAAUUCAUGCCACAAGCGGAACAACAAAUGUCAUUGCCAAUAAACCAGCCACUAACCAUCAUCACCCUCAGCAGCAACAACAACAAAUGGCAGGAAGCAGUAGCAACAGUAACAGUGGUGGUGGAGGGUGUGGAGGUUCCACCGCUCAAAUUAAAACGUCAAUUAAUCUCAAAACGAAUGACUUGCGAACAAAAAUUGCAACAACAAAUGUCACACUGCCGGAUGGUGGUGGCAAAAGUCACCACAUGUCCUUGAAGGCAAAUAACAACGAUCAUCAGUAUCAGCAGCAGCAACAAUUUGUAAAUACUAAAAAAUCCGCAAUGAACUCGUCGAAUUCAUCGUCAGCCAAUCCGCCACCACCGCCAUCGACCCAUGUAAAUAGAUUACCCUCCCACACCCAUCGGCGUGAUAGUUCGAAUGUUAGCGGCCAUAAUACCCAUACGGGUAUUGUUCCGCAAAGCCUAAAAGAUGCCUCUAAAUAUAGAUAUAUACGACCACAGACUGUGUAUCGGGCUGAAGAAGAAGAACACGAUGAAGUAGAUCGUGUGGUGGUGAGUAGGGAUGAGUCGUCGGGGCGAAAUCGUGAUCUAUUGGUCUAUUAUGAUGGUCAAUUGGAGGGUGGAAGCCUGGAGGCUUUAAUUGAGCAUAUGGUGCCCACCCACGAUUACUAUCCCGAUCGGAUUUAUACAUUUUCAUUUUUGCUAAGUGCGAGGCUAUUUAUAAGACCCCAUGAAUUGCUGGCCAAAAUAUCACAAACAUGGGAGAAACAACAACAACAGCAGCAGCCGCAACAACCCCAACAGUCUGGUACUGUUGUCCUACCCGGCUCUGCUCCAGAUCAGAUAGAUGCUGAUGCUGGUCAUUUCAAUCAAGUCACGGCAGCCGGCUCCACCAACUCGCCACUCACACAAAGAAAACCAGGCACCUCAGGAGGCGGAGGAGGUGGAGGAGGUGCCACCACAAAUACCCAAAAAUCGGCCCAAAAUUGUAUACGUCUGCUGGCGGAAUGGAUUGAAACAUUUCCCUAUGACUUCCGUGAUGAACGUCUAAUGCAACAGGUGCGGAUUCUAACCCGCAAAUGUGUCUACAUUGAUAACUCCUUGGGCAAGCAGGUCUCCAAGAUAUUACAGCUGUUGGUUCAACGUUUGACCACCCUGGAAAAAUAUGAAGAAUUUCUGCAAUCUCUACAGCAAUAUGAUCUCAAUACAACACUACAACCCCAUUAUCAUCAUCAUCCGGACUCCUCGUAUCAUAAAAAUAAUUAUGCUCAAUAUAAUAAUUCCACCCUGCCGCAGGCAUCGGGACUACCAUCAGCUGCAGCAGCAGCCCAACAUUCAUCAUCAUCCUCCACCUCCACAUCAUCGAAUGCCACCGGCACCGGGUCCGAUUCUCCCAAUGCUCAUGAUGUUUUUGGUAUUAUGGACUUGUGUCCCAGUUGUGCUCAAUUAGCUCAUCAAUUGACGGCCAUCGAAUUGGAUCGUCUCUCACACAUUGGACCCGAGGAGUUUGUUCAGGCCUUUGCCAAGGAAUAUCAAAAUUCCAUUUCGAACAAGGAAAGCACUAAUAAUGCAGGGUCAACAGGAGGUCACAUAAUGAAUACCUCCCUAAAUGACAUGAAGAAGACCCGAAACUUGGAAUCCUAUGUGGAAUGGUUUAAUCGUUUAAGUUAUCUAACCGCCUCGGAAAUUGUAAAGUAUCCCAAAAAGAAACAACGUGUCCGCGUCAUUGAGUACUGGAUCGAAACGGCCCGUGAAUGUUUUAAUAUUGGCAAUUUUAAUAGCCUGAUGGCCAUAAUAGCUGGUCUAAAUUUGGCACCCAUAUCAAGGCUAAAGAAAACUUGGUCUAAAGUCCAAUCGGCCAAAUUCUCCGUAUUAGAACAUCAAAUGGAUCCAACAUCGAAUUUUAAUAGCUAUCGCUCAACGCUUAAAGCGGCCAUGUGGCGUUCCGAGGGUGCCACCGAAGAACGUGAACGUAUUAUCAUUCCAUUUUUUAGUUUAUUUGUUAAGGAUUUAUAUUUUCUCAAUGAGGGAUGUUCGAAUAGAUUACCCAACAAUCAUAUCAAUUUUGAAAAAUGCUCCCAGCUUGCCAAACAAGUUAUGGAAUUCAAUGAAUGGAAACAGGUGUCCUGCCCCUUUGAGCGACUGCCAAAUGUAAUUGACUAUUUGCAAAAUGUCCCAGUACUCAAUGAGAAUACGCUGUCGAUGGCCUCAUUCGAAUGUGAACCACCGGAGAAUACCGAGGAAAAAGAUCGUUAUAAAACGGUGAAGGCUGAAAAUAAACAACAGCUACUGCAACAAUUGCAAGAAGAACAAAUGCGACAGCAGCAGCAGCAACAA